CUCUUGCUCUCUUCCCUCACGCAAGCAAAACCCUAGCUAGGUUCGUUUCGCAUCUCAGAUCUCUUUCAUUUCAUCUCUUGAAUUCUUCGGAUAUCUAUGUUUACUCUGUUUCUUGAUUUUUCAUUUACACGAUCUCGUUCAUGAUCGUCGAUGCAUAUCUAUUGGUGCUUGUUUUCUUCUGCUAGAUUUGAUUGUUGAUGCUUUGAUCUUUGAUACAGAGCGGGCAGUGUUUUAGCUCAAGAGAUUAUGCGUUUUUUAUUUUAAUUUUGCAUAUUUUAGAAGUUGUACGGUCAAAAUCUAAGAAAAUGCGGAGAUAAAGAGUGUUAAUCUGUUUGUCCUGUGAUGGAUUUUAGGGUUUUGGAGUGUUAAUUUUGACGAUUUUAACAUUUCUGCUUUCAGAUUAGAGUUUUUCAUGUGUUUAGGUAUUUAAUUCGGCUCUGUAAUAGUAGUAACUCAAGACUUCCCUAAUUCGUAUAAUAGCAGAAUAAAAGAAUAAAGGUUUUUCUGCUUAGGAUGGGCCUAAAUGCAUGCGUUUUCUUGUUUGGCUGGGGAAAGCACUGUCUUUUCCAGCCAAAAUUAGACGUGGGUUGGCUUGGGAGUUCAUGUCCCCAGCCAAAGGCCCAAAUGGUGUGUGCGUUAGCGCAUUUUGUUGAUGUGGUUUAGGUUAUCGGGUCAAUUUAUUCAUUUUUCUCUUCUUUCGAUUAUCUGUUUCUUUUUUCUUGUGGAUCCUAAGCUGUAAAAGUUUCAAGUUUGGAAAUUUUGAACUUUUAGUUUAAUAAAUUCCCAAGAGCUGUACAGUUUUACUGUUGCUACUUUAUCAAUUGGUAAUGGUUCUCCUUUAUUUAUCUCGAAUUUUUUGUUUUAAGAGCCAGAAUUCUGUUUUGGAAGUAUCAAAUCUCUGAGAAUUUGAUAUGGCUACAAAACGGAUCAACAAGGAGUUGAAGGACUUGCAGAAGGACCCACCCGUCUCUUGUAGUGCAGGACCUGUUAGUGAUGACAUUUUCCACUGGCAAGCGACAAUUAUUGGUCCGGCUGAUAGCCCUUAUGCUGGUGGUGUGUUCAAUGUGACAAUACACUUUCCUCCGGACUAUCCUUUCAAACCUCCUAAGGUGUCUUUCAAGACAAAAGUUUAUCACCCCAACAUAAACAGCAGUGGCAGUAUCUGCCUCGACAUUCUCAAAGAGCAGUGGAGUCCUGCACUUACAGUUUCUAAGGUUCUAUUGUCAAUAUGCUCGCUGCUGACAGAUCCCAAUCCUGAUGAUCCUCUGGUGCCUGAGAUUGCACAGAUCUACAAGAAUGAUAAAGCCAAGUUUGAAGCAACUGCUCGAAGCUGGACACAGAAAUAUGCCAUGGGCUAGAAGGAGCUCUUGCUUUACCUGCUUAGUGAUCAAAAUGACUUUCUUAUCACUUUACUAUUCUCUUAAUAAACACAGAAAGAAAAGAUAGAACUCAAAGUGGCCUUGCGUUAUGAUCAUAUCUUCUAUAAUUUUCUCUUAGUUCAUGAAGCUUUGGAACGGUGAAAAUGCUUGUUUAAUUUAUAAUUCAUGCACGAGUUACCAUUAUAAAACUAAAGUCUGUUA